AGGAAAUGCUAGGGCUGAGCAGUGUUUUCAAGUCUGUAGGCAUACCAGUUCCCGAUUAUUCCUCUGCCUACUUGCUUGGGAUGCUGCUGUUGCAGAGGGGUAGGCAUGGAUCUACUUAGGGGUUCUGGAGUAUGCUGCAGUUCCAUUCCCUGGCCUGUGGGAUUGUGGGUCUGCUGCCAGUGCAGCCCAGCAUAAAAAUGUAUGUUCCUUGGUGUGAGAUGCCUGGUGUAUAUGCAAGAACUGAGGCUAUGCAGCUUGCCUUGCCCCAGAGAUUGGCAAGGGCAAAACAUGUACAUUUAAGUAUCCAAACAGAUGGAUGUUACCCUGCAAAUGUCUGUGUCUUCAUGUGGGUACAGGGCAAUAGCAGCCCUACUGGGCUAAAGCAGCAUCAUGACCCUUCUCAUUGCAUGAAUACCCACCUCUCUGGGCAUAGAAGAAAUGAAGGUAGGGUUGGAGUCCUCUGCAGAACUCUACGUUCAGCUCAAAGCAUAUGUCUGCCUUGGAAUGAGUCAACACCUAUGCUUCAGCUGAAGUGAUUCAUAGCAAGUCAGCCAGCAUCCAAACAGUGCCUUAGAAAAUUAAUUACCAGCGCAGGCACUUAAAAGUAGGCAUUUAGGCUAGAUCGAUUGUGCAGAACAGUAAAGUAGAAUGUGUGACUCCAGAUGUUAUGAGAUUAUUCCUGUUGGCUCAUGCUUAUUUUAAAAAUGGGAAUGCCUGAUGGGAGUUUUCAACAUGCACAAGGGCCACACACAAUUUGCCCUUCAUAUGGAGGAGGUAGGUAGAUGUCACCCUUACCAAAUAACCUCAAUACAUGGUUUUGGCAAGGCUGAGUGCAUCACUAUCUUUUAUGAAUUCCUAACAUCUUGACUUGGGACAAAUCCACUGUGAAAUGGUAAGAUAUAUUGAACAGAGGCUGGAACAAUGACUGGGUAUGGUUAUAUUUUAAACUUUUCUACACUACCUCUGCCUCGUCUUUAUGAAAAAAAGCCAGGCCUGGAACCAUUUUUUUGGAUGUGGGUAAGUGAUCAACCCAGUGGACUCUCUGAGAAUGUCUUCAAAGGAUCACCUGCUCAUCUACCAAAAUAGGUAGUCUCAGUAGGCCCUAAGCUAUUUAUGGUAUAGUUCUAUGUGGUUGCCUAGUUGAGUGCAGAGGUGGUGCUUCCCUCCCCUGCAAAAACAUCUGAUUUUGGCUGUUUCCCUCUCAGAAGAGGGGUUGAGCACUGCCUACACUGAGAGCCACUAGUGCCUUGUGUGCCCUCUUCUGUUGUCUUUUCCCAAGAUGGUCUUUCAUCUUGUGCUCUUCACUGCUACCGUGAACUUCACUGGCUGAAAGGACUUCCAAGGGUGGAGUGCCCACUGAGAUUUCAGAUUUCUGAAGUUUUGGUGGGGAUUUGCCUUUUCCUAUGGCUGACCAUACAUCAUCUACAGCCAACACUUGAAUUGGACCCAGGAAACAAUAGGUAACUGUUGCAGAUCUUCCAGUAUUGGAGUGACAUGGUCCUGAUUCCACUUACUGGUUAGCAGCCUUGCUGCAACAGUUUGCAGUGACUGAAGCUUUUCGGUAUUCUUUGAGUGUAGUUCAGCAUGCAGCAUGUUGGAAGUCUGUGAUAACUAAGGUAUGGAUAACAGAAUGAUUCAGGAAUAGACACAGCUGGUGCACCCACCUCUUGAAAAUCCAAGAAUGAGCGCUGCCAAGCAUAAGGGCAAUGCCAUUCAGAACAAUUCACAAAUACAAGUCAGACUAUGUACUGACCAAAAGCACCUCUGUCUUUUCUGAAUUUAAUCUCUACUUGUUCUCUCAUACAGCCUAUGACUGAAGCUAGGCAAUGUUCAAGGGUGUUGACUGCGCUCUAAGAGAUGUCAAGGAGCGACAGAGUUAAACACCAUUUAGUAUAUUGACCUCACUGCAAAGCUCCAGAUGCUCAUCGCAUGUUCAUGUAGAUGCUAACACAGGUCAGGACACAACAGAACUCCGUGGGAUUGCCAUGUCCCAGUGUUGUGGGGCCCAACAGUAGUCUCCCAAAAACACACCACUGCAAUACAAUGCCUUGAAAGCAUCCCAUUAGCUGAUUCAGAACAAGGCUGGUUACUUCUAUAUCAGUGCUCUCUACCUAUUGUAGGGGCUGCUCCUUUAAUACAGCUUUAUAGAAGCUAUUCACAGUGCUGGACUUCAUCUUCAAAAUAGGCUUACUAUCAUGGAUUGCUCCUAUAAAGCUGAAAUAAGCCCCACAACACAGGAGUCACCAAUGUCCCCUGGUUCACAAGACCAUGAUUAGAUGCUAUCAGAUGGCACUGAGAGGACCAGAAAAACUAGUAGGGCCAUAUUUGCCCUAUCCUGUUCUUAGUAUGGAUCAUCUACCAUGGUGACCAAGACAGUCUGAGUUUAGCAUCUCAUCCAAAAGCCCAAAAGAGGUAGGUAGGAUCAGUAUUAUCCAAAAGUAUCUGGACCAGCAAAGUCAUCUCCUGCUUGACAAUCAUAACCAAUAGUGGAACAAUUGAGACUGGCCUAUAGUUUAAUAAAUCUGUUGAGUCAAGCAAAGAUUUCUUUAUUAUUACUCCUUUGAGCAAGAGCAAAUGUGCCCCUCUCACAAGGAGGCAUUAAUUAGUUCACUUAAUCAUGUAGCAAGUCCUUUCUUCAUUGAUUUAAUCAGCCAGUAUAGACAAGGGUCAAGCAGACAAGUGGUAGCCCUCACUUCUCCAGACCACUUGUUCACCUCAAGUUGUACAGGCUGAAAAGUAAAAAACAACAGCACAGGCCCCCUGCCCUAGUUUUGGAGGCCAAAUCUGGGUGAAUCUGAAUGACUUAAUCCUCAAAGUAUGAGACAAAAGGUUCAUAGCAAACCUCUGAAUAUUCUGGUUCCCCCUCAGCAGCAUCCUGGUGAAAAAAAAUCCAUGCACAGUGUGGGAAAUUACCUCAACUAGUGAAUUUCAAUAUUUUAAUUGUUAUUUAUAAGAUGCUGUCCAAUCGGUUAGUGUAUGAUGUCAACACAGUUGGUUCCCCUGCUGUUCCAAUGAAUGGUUUUAUUAUUGAUGUUUUAUUAUUGAAUUUGUUAAUAUGUUGGUUUUUAUAUUUUGUUGACACUUUUUUUACUGUGUAAACCAUCCAAAGAGCUCUGUGGCUACUGUGACUGUCUAUAAAAAUGUAAAUAAAUAAAAUAAGAGUGUGAAAUUUGAGCUUCAGUACACACCCAGCUCUUCUUGUUUUACAUAGUCACUACGUGGGAACUACCCUUGUUUUACACAGAAGCAUGAAAACUCUUGAUGUAUGCUACUCCAAAAUGUAGUUCUUAUUGCCCACAGCUACCACUGAUGCAUCUGUUUGAACUGGCCAACCAGAGCCCCACAGAAUUAAAAGCACCAUAUCAAAAAGUAUGUUUCUACUGGGAAAACAAUCAGUAGUUAUUAUCAUAUGUAAAGGAGAGGAGGCAACACUCAUUUAAAAAGAUGGAAGUACUGAGGACAUAUGCAUCUGUGGAGAUUGCCUUAUGCAUCUAGCUUCUGUCCUUCUCAAAACAGUUGAACAUUUUUCGGUAAAUACUGGUUGGGAGUACUUGAGAGGAUUACAAAUGCACAAUAUGAACUGUUAAAGUAAAAUUUGAAGAAGCCAGGACAGGUCCACAGUACAUUGUUGUUUGGAAGCACCCUAUGUCCUGCCCACAACCACGGAGAGAAUGUAACAGAAAAUAUACACACGGAAAGCACUAAAGCUCUGAUAGUGUGGAAAGUCCAUUGCAAUUUCGUAUGUACCUUCCAGUGGAAUAACAAUGGGUUUGUAGCACUAGGAGAUGCCACAUGGGAAACACUCAGGAAUGUAGCUCUUUCCCCUUCACUCUCAGUUGUAAAAUUUCUGUUGUAAAUGUAGCACAAAUAGGAAAAGAGUUACUAGAAGAGCACAGGGCAGUCUCAGAAAAGUAAUACCGAAGUCAAGAAAACUCUUGAACUUUGCUGAUUUCACAGGAAAACAUAAUCAAAAUGUUAACAAAGAUAAUGCCUUUAUAAGGGUCAAACGGUGUCUUGCCAAGUGCAAGGAGUUUUCUGAAGAAUGAGUGGAAAUGAGUGAAGGAAGAAGUAAAUUUCAUUAAAUUCUUUUUAGCAACUAACAAAGAAGAAAUUGGAAGCAUAGAGAAAUAGGCUUGCAUCUGUAAGAUGCUGGGGAUCCUUGCACAGCAAUGCAUAAACUCCAUGAUCUACCCAAGUUGUACAGCACUGUCCACACUCUCAGUCUGCAUUUAAGUCUGAAAAAUGAGGUAAUUUCCAUAGAUUUUUAUAAAUUUAGAUUUGUACAUCAAGCCCAUCUCUGCAUGUGCUAGGGGCUAGUCCAGAGAGGGGAAUAAGCAUGGGAAGCCAAGUGAUAAGCAUGAUCUAAAGGUGGCCAGUGCAUAUUCUUCCUACUUUUAAUGGUGCCAGGCACACACUUUAGAUGCGCAAAACAAAUUCACUCCCUAACAUAACAACAAGGCUAUACAGGGUAUUACAACGGAGAAGAAAAAAUAUUUGAAGCCAGAUGUCCUUGUAAAUUAUCUUGCCAAGGAAAGCUUAGUUCAGGAGGUUCAGUGUUGAGGCUUUCUGGGAUUCAUAAUGGAAAAAAAAACUGUAACGUUAUACUUAGUUCAUCUAAACACAAUGAUCUUCCCUUGGUGUCCACAUCUCUGUUAUACCCACUUACUGUUUCUCUGCACUUCAGUCUAAAGUCUGAAUCUUUACAUAUAAGUGUAAUCUUUGACAUAUCAUCCAAUUACCCAGCCUUGUAACAUUCAUAUAUUUUCCUGUCAACUCUGGGAGGCAUUGUUUUUGUUAUAGCACAGGUUGUUUACAAAAAGAUAAAGUCAUCUCAUUGCUGAAUCUGGACACAGCAUCAACAAGGUCCCGAGUUGCAGGCGCUGGCAAAGGGCCUCAAAGAAGCAGCUCCUACACCUAAGAAGGGAUCCAGUGGACCCAAGAAGGAACAGCCACCUCUGCAGCAUGCUACUAUGGUUUACAAAGAAAACAAGAGAUACGGUUAGCACAAUAAAGCUAACAAUAUUUAUAAUGCAUGUUUGAUGUAUUUUAAUAUUCCCAGCCAUAAAAACACCAGGGAUUAAUCAACAGAAAGCAGUUCAGUAGGAGUCAAAAGUAGUUUGAAAUACGGAGCAAAGAUCUAUGUUUAAACUGCUUCCUAAGAACUCAAGGAAAUUCUGGAGGUGAGCCAUCCAAUCAACCACUCCCAACUGCACUGCCACGUAUCAGCUAUCAAUACAGUAUUAGGUUGAUACUCAGUCUUAAUCCAAGGUCCUUGAUGUUUUUGGCCAGCGAGUAUACUGGUGCACACUCCCUAAAAACAAAACCAGUGAGGAGGAGCACCAGUUAUAUCCAGGUUUUGAUUGUCUGCCAUCCCAUGUUCAUUUCUCUGUGUUCUGAUUCAGCUAUAUCCAGGACUAUGGGACUGUUAUUACCAGCUAUUGAUAUCUAAUAGAUGGCUCCUGGUCCUUUUCUAAGUUUCUCUCCAGUCUGAUUUAGCUGGUUAGGGUAUAUUAUCUAUACUUUCUGUGCUGAGAUCAUAAAAAUGACCUGUAAUUUCUUGAAUUACAUAUUAUUUUUUGCAUUUUCUAACUAUAGUCACUCCCUUGCCAAAACUAUGGAGCUGACUUUUCCCUAUAACCGGUAAGUGGAAGCAAAAAGGGAAAACAAAAGCACAUUUAUCCUCUUAAAAUCUGUAAGGCUGAGGUGUGGUUCUUCUUUGCCAAAGGAAUUCCAAAAUAAGGAAGCUGUCACAGGAAAAGGUGUGCUUUGGGUGGCUCCUAUUAAAUCUCCUGUAGUCAGGAAAUCCUGUGCUGAUCUCACAGAAGAAAAAAGUCUUCAAACAGUCACUUUAUGAGGCAUGCAAGCCCAGGUGGUGUAACAUUUUGCCGAUUACAGCCCACUGAUGUCAAGCUGAAGACAGGUCCAAACACUUUUCUAUCUUGAACUGUUGAGCCUUUAACAAAGAAAUGUUCUUUCUUCCUAGUACUUUAUUAACACAUCUGUCAGUUAUUUGGAUCCCUAUGUGGCAACUAUGUUGUCAAUGUUUUUACAGUAUAUGGAGAAAGAAGUUGACAUUUCAAUGGCAGCACCUGAUGAAGCUCAAUGAAAAGGGAUACUACUGGGACGCCAUAGCUUUGUCUUUUUUUUUUUUUUUUUGGUCAAGGUGCAAUUUCUAUAAAAAUAUGCACUUAGGAAAUGAUUCUAUGGCCCUACACAUUCACUGAAAGGCCAUAGGAUAGGUCAGCAUUCCAACUUCAGGGCUGGGAAUCUGAGCUAACCCUACCCCACCUCCCACAACACACACACACAGCCAGCAUGGAAAGAACCAUAUUAGCUGCUCUCCCAGGUUGGGAAAGUGACCUCAGAGAGAAGUAGAAGGGACUGUUGGGUGGGGAGAAAGAAGAUGAGGGACCUGGAACAGCAGACAGUACUUGUUCCCUCUUCUUUGGAAAUAAAUGGAAAAUAGCUUUCCAUGAAAAUACAGAGGACAGGCAAGGAGGCAAUGAUUGCCUUGCUGUUUCUCCAGCUCUGUAGUGGAUGAGCAUGAAACUCCAGGUUCAGCAACUUAUGCUCAUCCUGACAGGACUGCCUUCCCAAUUGAAAAAAUUAGAACUGAGUGCUUUUCAUUCCAAGUGCACAUUCCUCCAUUUUUGCUGUUGGAUUUUUGGAGGGGUUUUCUGCUUUUUAGCCUUUAAGCAGUGAACAUCUGGCCUGUACUCCAUGUAGGAUACUCAUGUAUACAUUUUGUAAUAGCAUGUAUGUAAGACUUUUGCAAGCAGAUUAGAUUUCAGUCAUAUAAUAAUAGCAGUUGCAUGCUCCUCAGUAUUUGCUACAGAGCACACGAAAGGUACGGCGCCUUGCUGGCAAACUGGAUCAGCGUUCAUGACAGUCCGGAGUAGCGAGGAACUCUCUCAUGAGUAGGAUCCUAAAGCUAGAUUUCCUUUCCUGCCUGAUCUUUGCAGAUGCCACAAAAGUGCAUGGCACUCCAUGUGCUUGGAGCAAAUUAUUGGCAACUGCUUUACUGACAUUUCUCGGGCAUUUCUCACCCAGAACUUAUUAAGCCUGGAAUGUGUUGAUGCUGGUAAUAUGCAUCCAUCAGUUUUGUUUCCAAUUCUUGUGAAAGCUGUGUGAUCCUGGGGCUUCUACAUGUCAGUUUGCAUUUGAAAAUCCUGGAGAGAGAUCUGUCCCUGCCCAUGAAGUGCCUGCCCCUGCCCUACGCAGGAAAAAGGACAAUAAAGAAGACUGCCAGAUCCUACCAGACUGCUGCAGACACAAUGCCAGAAGUGAGGUCAUCACACUGAUUUAGCUGCUUGCUCACAGAACCCUUUUAGCUACAUUGCAGUAGCCUAACUAUUGACUGGGGCUAGACACCCCUUUACUACAGCUUUGUUCCAUUUCUAUUUACUACAGCUUUGUUCCAUUUGAAUGACAUGAUUCAAAGAGCAGUUAUUACUUACGGAGCCCUUGAAAAAACUAUUUUGAUUCCAUUCCUCAGACAAAAAGGUUCCUGGAGCAGUUUGGAAUCCAUCUGCAAACCAUAAAGUAAAUGGCUUGGGACCAAGCCUUCUGUACGAACCUGCCCUGGGCUUUAAGAACUUUGGGGAGGCCUCUGUGUCCCAUGUGUGUUUGGCAGCAAUUCUUGUGCCCAGGGUUCCAAACUCUCUUCUUGGGGAGGCCUCUCUUCCCCUGUGUGGUGGUCUUCCAACAUCAGGCUAAAUCCUUUUAGACAGCGCUUUGGAUGUCGAGCUCCUGUUUUAGCUGUUGUUUUUAAGUGGAUGGCUUUUAUUUGCUGAUUUUAUAUACUGCUUCGUAUUAUUAUUUGAUUCAUAUUUAAUAUUUUAUAGGAUUCUUUUAUGUUUUAUCUUGCUUUUGUCUGCCUUACGAACCAGGGCAUGGAAAGGCAGGUUGUACAUUUCAGUCUUCCUCCCCACAAACAGCUGAAUGACACUGUUGCAGAUAAUCAGACAGGUUCAUGCAUGCACACCUGCUGGAUAAGUCUAUGCAUGUGUGAGUGGAAGGUCAAACCAUCUGCUUUCAGUGCUUUGGCCCAGGUCAAAUAAGGAUUGUUAGCGGCUAUAUUUAACCUUUCUUGAAAAUAUUUGUGAUCCAUUUUGGGAUCUACCAAAAUGUUAUUCCCCAAUAACCACCAAGGCGUAUUUUUUCUCAUUGGAAAUUAUUUUUAUACUCAUUAUUUUUAGUCUUCUAUUCUUCUCAGUAUAUAUUUUUCUGAAUUGACAUGUCAUUUCUAAUUUAUUUAGUGUAACCUUUGUGAAGAUUAUCACUCACGUGGUGCAGACAAAUGGACUUGUUCCAUGUUUUAAAUACAGAACACUAAUAAUAAGUUAUUGCAAAAAUUGUUGUACUUUAUUGCAACCUAUUCCAAAGUCUGUAUAGGAAAUGGAUGUAGAUGAUGUGGUUUAUAUGAAUGCUUGUAACUAUUGAAAUUCUAAAAGUAUAAUUAUUAUGCAAGCUAUUUCCAUAAGCGAGAAUGAUCUUGAUUGGAUAGACAUAAGAAAGACAUUGUGUUUGGAUUACAAAAGGAUCCAUUGUUCUGUUGUAAAGCUUUGGGCAAAAUCUUUGCUGACUAAUACGACCAUAUGUGAUAUGCUUUCAUAACAGAAUGUUUAUAAGGCAGUGAAAUCCUCAGUUAUUGGAGAAUGGGGCAACACCACACUUGUAAUAUGAAAGGAAUUGAGGGGGCAGAACUACAAGCUAUGUACAAGAAGUUUGUUGUAGAAUGUCCCAGUGGAGGUCUUCAUUUGCAUGAAUUUAAGCAGUUUUUUGGCAUUACCGACCAGAGUGAAGCCUCUGAAUAUGCUGAGAGUGCAUUUAAAUCCUUUGACAGGAAUGGGGAUAAUAUGAUAGAUUUCUUGGAGUAUGUAGCAGUUUUGAAUCUAGUGUUAAGAGGAAAACCUGAGCACAAACUGAAGUGGUCAUUUAAAGUAUACGACACCGAUGGGAACGGCUUUCUUGAUAAAGCUGAACUACGGAAAAUGGUGAUGAGUAUCUAUAAUAUCAAGCAAGGAUGGACAAGAAGCACAGAUGCUCAGAUGUCAAACCUGGAGGCAGUAUGUGACAGAAUAUUUCAACUAAUGGAUGAAAACCACGAUGGAAAGAUUUCAUUGAAAGAGUUUGUUGAUGGAAUUCAAAGAGAUGACUGGAUAAGGAAAACGCUGCAUAUAGAUAUAAAUCCCACAGAAUGGAUCCUUAAACAACAGGAAAAAAGGAAUGCAGGUGUAAAGUACUAAACAUCAAAGGACAAAGAAAUGUUAUAUCAACCCUAGCCCUGUUUACUUAGCAAAUUCAGGAUACUGAAUGUACAGUGCUAGGAUUGGUGUUUAUAUGAAUAAUUUUGUCAUGGUGGUAUUUUGGUCCGAGGAAAUGAUAGAUGCAAAAUGAGAAAGGCAUCAACCCUGUUGUCAAAGAAUCACCUUUUCAGCAUCGCAAGCUUUGGAUUUACACACAAUUCUUCAUUGGAGAAUGGAAUGGUUGCAAAACUCAAUUAUAGAGGUAGCAAACAGUGAUGGUCCACAUGAACCAUAUAUUAGGCUUAUACUUGUGUAUGCAAACAUGCAAAUCAUUUAAUUUCAAAUCACUGUUUUUAUUAUGGGCAUUUAGAUUAGUUCAGGUUGAAGUACAUUAAGUUAAAUAUAAAACCAGGCUGUGGUUUUUUCAAUGUAGCUGAUAGAAGCAGACAGCUAAGCUUUUGUAUACAUGGCAAUCAGAAAAAAAUAACCACUUGCUCAGCUCUACAUGGGACCUUAUCUGAUACGCAAUUGAUACUAAUCUUUUAUCUGGAUAACCCAGAAAUUAUGACAUCCAAGUUCAAAAUAAAAAGGUAGCUUACAAGUUUCUCUUCCUCUCUAUGUUAUCCUCACAACAGCCCUGUGAAGUAGGUUAAGCUGAGUGUCACAGGCUGGCCUGAAGUCAUCUCAAGAACACAGAUCUCUUGAGUCCCAUUACAGCACCCUAAUUGUUGCAUCAUAUUGGCUUAUGAGUAUAUGUGUCAGAGUUCCAGAAACUCCUGACUUACAUGGACAUAACCCACUUUAAAAUGGAACAUUCAAAAUUCUGUCCUGAAGUGCCACAGAUGAUAGACCAUUUAGUUUUGCAAGAACACCUCUGUGAGCUUCUAAUUGUUAAUAGAUGUCAGAUGAGGGAAGGUAUCAGAAUUGGGAAGAAUUCAGUGGGUCAUGGAAGAGCAAGUGCUGUCAGACAGAAACCAUAGGUCCUAUCUUUCCAGUAUCAUGUAGCCUCUGACUCAGAAAUUUAGAAGCUGCUUGUUAUUCAUGUAGUAGCAUUAAAAUGAAACACCAAUUAAGUUCAUUUUAUAUGAAACUUACCACACAUAUUUCUUCAAAUCUUCAAAACCAUAAUUCCAGCUUUCAAGCAGUCCUAAUAAAGCUUCCUAUUAUUGUCAUUAUUUGCCCAUCUGCUCAAAAUCAUUUUGUUUCUCUGUAGAAUGCUAAUCUAGUCACUGUCACUUCCUCACACAGGAAUUUCUUCCUCCUGGCUUAUAUCACAAUUAUUUCCCACCACUGUAUUACACCCACACACCUCAUUUUUUCCACUAUUUCUCAGUAUGGAUCCCACCAGUGGGCACAGCACCCCUUUAAGCUCUAUGGACUGGCCAUGGUUGAUGGAGAAGGGUUGUAAACAGUGCGAUAUGCAGGUAGAAUGCUUUCUAAGUACUUACCCAAGCGUGGACUGAAACUUAUUUGUUCCAUUACACUUAUAUGCUGCUCCCGAACCCUUGGGUUCUCCGGUCAGCUUAUAAACUUAAUUUGCAAAUGCAGUGGUUUGAAUUUUGCUAGAGACCUGCUUUAAACUUUCAGAAUGCCGCUACUGUCUUGGGACUGGCACAAUACGCAUAUGUGUUUGCUUCUGUACCCCUUCUAAUGGCUGUUCAGUUCAUGCAUUUGUAAAUGCUCACUAUGUGGAAGCUGGCUCUGCUUGAAAAAGCCACUGAAUAACCAUGUGAUUCACUACAAAAAGUGCAAGGGGUCAAGAAGCAAUUAACGGGUCUGAAUUGCAGGAAAACAAAUUUCUCAGUCACUAACAUGGAAAAGCACAUGACUUGGGGGUGAGUCAUCUGUUCUAUUUUAAGAUGUGCACUGUCAAGUAGCUACUGCUCUUUUCCUCCCCACCUUCCUUGCACAAGGUCCACCAACUCUCAUGUCUGGAACCCAUUUUCAGUAUAUGCAUUUAUUCAUGGGUCACAUAAAGUAAUAAUAAAGAGAAGUGCACAUGAGAACACAUAGACUAAAUGAGCUCAUUCACACACUAUACUGCAAUUCCUGGGUUGUUUUAACUCCCGAACCACUAGCAAUCAGCAAAACAGUGAAUGUUUCCAAAGUUUCUGGAGUUGCACGUUACUAAUCAGCUCAGGAAUGGGGCACUCCUAGGUUAAUUAAAAGUAGAAAUGGCAAGCAUGAGGGAAGCUGCAUUACUGUACUUUGUAAGCCAAACCUUUCAAUAAUAGCAACAUAGUUUACGAACUGGGUCAGUGUGUUUGAGUCAUUCCAAUCAGUUUUCACAUACCUGAGAAUAGAAGGACCUUUCCAGGACAGAUGGUGUGAUUUGAAGAGAAGUCUUAUCUUGUGAAAUAUAUUUAAGUUGCUGAAAUACUAUUUAAUAUGCUUCUCAAGUACCUUUCAAUAAAGUGUUCUUCCCAGUAUAAAAUGAUAAAAUUCAGUAUUCUUUUUCCUGCAAGGGACCUCACAAUUAUCCUCACAACAACCCUGCGAGGUAGUUUAAUUAUAUGUCGCACUAGGGAUACGGAGUGGUAAGAAUGGAAAGAUGGCAGUGCUUUUUUUUAUUAGUACUCUUGGGACAUGUUCUUUGGCACAGAGAAUCGAGAAUUUAGAAAUCAUGCCUUUAGCUCAUUGAAAACAGAAGUGUUUUGUAGUCGGUGAGGACCUCUAGUGGUUGACUGUAUUAAAAUAAUCUCAGGCCUAAAUAGAAGAACGGUUGGGAUUUAUUGGAAGAAUGUGAAACACUAUCAGUUAUCAAACUUCUAGAGGUGUACAACAAUGAACUAAUAAGAACAAAGUAUACACAAGUUUGACUCUGGAUAGAACAGGUCCAAACCCUUCAUGAAAAUCUGCAUCUCUAGUGACUUACUCUAUAGUAAAAUCAGCUUUCCCUCAAGAGUGAGCUGAUAGUUUUCUGCUUCUUUUCUGAACCCAUCACACUGCAAAUGAAAGGGGAAGAGACAGUCAAAAGAGCCAUGCCAUCUACCAAGCAAUCCUACUUAUGUAACAUGCACAUAAUUUACGUGGCUGUUGUUGUUAGUCGUGAAGUUGUGUCCAACCCAUCGUGACCCCAUGGACAACAUUCCUCCAGGCCUUCCUGUCCUCCACCAUCCCCCACAUAAUUUAUAGUUCAUAACAUUUAUGGGGUGGGAUCUUAGGAUUUGCAAUCAAAAACAGUAGCAUGCAAAUGACACAGAGCUCUAUUUAUCCUUUCCAACCUACUCAGGUAUGGUGCUGAAUCAGCAGCAAUAGGGUUCAGUGUGGGUCAACAAACUGAAGCCCUAGACAAGAAUUCUAGACAAGACCAAGGCACUGGUAAUUUCUCUGUCCAGAUGAAUGGUGCUCAGCCUGUUCAGCAGGGGUCUGGAGGUCUAUUACUAUCCAUCACUGUCAUUAAAGGUGCAGGUAGCUUGUGUGGUAUGGAGUGGCUUUUAUUAGUUCAGCUGAUACUCCAUUUUGACCCAUAUGGAUGUAGAUAACAAUUCAUGAUCUGAUAACCUGCCAUUUUGAAUACUGCAGUGUAUUGUAGAUGGGGCUGUUCAGAAAUGUGGAAACAAUCAAUUGCAGCAGAAUAUGGCAGUAAAAAUUUUAACUGGGACCAGCAUUAUGAACAUAGGAUAGUAUUUUCUUGCUUUAUUGGCUUCUGCUUUGCUUGCAGGUUCAAUUCAAAAUGCUAGUUUUGACCUAUGAAGUAACACAUGGCUGGAAAUGCUGGUAUCUUAAGGAACAUCUUUUCCUAUAUGUACCUACCAGUGCCUUAAGAUACUGAGCUCAGAUCUUUCUCCAAGGCUGUCCUCAAUUUGAAGUAUGGAGGGUGGUAGGGAAAGAGAAGGUUGUUUCAGUCAUGUUUCCAAUUGUGAAAUGCUCUCCCUAGAUGGGCCCACCUGCCACCUCUUGUAACAAGAACUUUCUUGUUCACAUAAACUUUAAAACAGUUUAAAAUAAUAAGCAACAGCUAUUACAAAGAUCAUUUUACUUCAAGUCUCUACUUUUGCUGUUUAUUUUAUAACCUUAUAGACUAUUGUCACUGUUUGUGUUAUCCCUUCUGCUGAUGGUGCCCUGGGGCAUUAUAUAUUGUAUUAUUUCUCUUUUUUGACAUAAUUAGUGUCCAUAAUUAGUCUUAACUGAAAACUAGGAUAAGUGGUGACUUACAAAUGCAAAUAAUAAAAAGAUAAAUAACGUAACAGA